CACUCACACACACUCCCAGGCGCACACACCAGAUCUUUGCUGAUCAGGAGGCAGGCAGGCACCCUUGCCCCCACGCACUCCCAGGCAUCUCCACCCACACCCACAUAUAUGUAUUUUUGCCCUGAAAAAAGUGUAAAUAAAGCCUCGCUGGCCCCCAAUGAGGCGUUCCUUCCCGACUUUUUUGGAUCAAUCAAACAGACAGUGGCUUCUUUUGAUUAAAGCCCAAAUUGUCAUUGGGCAGAAGCAAUCAUGUGACAGCCAAUUCGGUCCAAUUUCAACCUUGUCUCCAUGAAUUCAAUAGUUUAAUAGUAGCACGGUCCCCAUACGGCUGUAAUCAGUGAAUUAGAAAAAAAACACCCCAGCAGCGAUCUUCUAUGAUAGAUUUUUUUUUCCCUCCGUGCUCGCCUUUUUCCUGGGCCUUGCCCCCCCAAAGCCCCUCCAGAAGAGGGAACUUUUUCUCCGAGGGGGCUCCAAGGAGAAGGCCAUGAAUUACGAAUUUGAGCGAGAGAUUGGUUUUAUCAAUAGCCAGCCGUCGCUCGCUGAGUGCCUGACAUCUUUUCCCCCUGUCGCUGAUACAUUUCAAAGUUCAUCAAUCAAGACCUCGACGCUUUCACACUCGACACUGAUUCCUCCUCCUUUUGAGCAGACCAUUCCCAGCCUGAACCCGGGCAGUCACCCUCGCCACGGCGCUGGCGGCCGCCCCAAGCCGAGCCCCGCGGGCAGCCGCGGCAGCCCAGUGCCCGCCGGCGCCCUGCAGCCGCCCGAGUACCCCUGGAUGAAGGAGAAGAAGGCGGCCAAGAAAACCGCGCUGCCGCCCGCCUCGGCCGCCGCCGCCACCACCGGCCCUGCCUGCCUCAACCACAAAGAAUCCCUGGAAAUCGCCGAUGGCAGCGGCGGGGGCUCCAGGCGCCUGAGAACUGCUUACACCAACACGCAGCUUUUAGAGCUGGAAAAAGAAUUUCAUUUCAACAAGUACCUCUGCAGACCCCGAAGGGUGGAAAUUGCAGCGCUGCUGGAUUUGACUGAGAGACAAGUGAAAGUGUGGUUUCAGAACCGGAGGAUGAAGCACAAGAGGCAGACCCAGUGUAAGGAGAACCAAAACAGUGAGGGAAAAUUUAAAAGCCUCGAAGACUCUGAGAAAGUGGAGGAGGAUGAGGAAGAGAAGUCGCUCUUUGAGCAAGCCCUCAGCGUCUCCGGGGCCCUUCUGGAGAGGGAAGGUUACACUUUUCAGCAAAACGCCCUCUCUCAGCAGCAGGCUCCCAGUGGACACAAUGGCGACUCCCAAAGUUUCCCAGUUUCGCCUUUAACCAGCAAUGAGAAAAAUCUGAAACAUUUUCAGCACCAGUCACCCACUGUUCCUAACUGCUUGUCAACAAUGGGCCAGAACUGUGGCUCUGGCCUAAACAAUGACAGUCCCGAGGCCCUCGAGGUCCCCUCUUUGCAGGACUUUAACGUUUUUUCCACAGAUUCCUGCCUACAGCUUUCAGAUGCAGUCUCGCCCAGUUUGCCAGGUUCCCUCGACAGUCCUGUAGAUAUUUCAGCUGACAGCUUUGACUUUUUUACAGACACACUCACCACAAUCGACUUGCAGCAUCUGAAUUACUAAAAACAUUAAAGCAAAACAAAGCAUCACAAAA